GUGGGUAGCUCUCUUCAACUCUGGAAAUGAAGUGAAUGGGGUGGUGCCAAAAACCCUUGCCUUGUUUGUUCCAUGCUUGUCUGUUAUCUCUAUUUGGGUGUGUAUGAAGUGAGGAACUGCUACCUCCUCUGACUGUGAUAGUAAAAGUCUCUCUUUUGUAUCAAAAUGCCAUUUUUAACUCGUCUCUAUGUUUUCGCAAGGCCUUUACUUUCUUCCUCUCUCCUCUACCCCUCGCACCAGAAUAGAGGUAGAGAAAUAAUGACCAGGAUUGGCAUGAAUGCUUGCACUCUUUAUUCUGCAGUUUCAGUUUCAGCUGAAGCUUCGGAUUUAGAAUGUGAUGAGACCCGCGAUGAUGUCAGAGCAGCAGAGAAAGAUAAUGCACUCUGCUUGGCUGUCUCACAGCUUGCUAGUGAGUUUAGCAAGGAAUCAAUGUUAUCUUUGCACAAGUUUUUCGGUGUACGCCGUGCUCAUGUCAUAUCUACAGGCUCCUUGAAGCUUGACCUAGCUCUUGGAAUUGGAGGAUUACCGAAGGGUAGGAUUGUGGAAAUUUAUGGAAGAGAAGCAGCUGGUAAGACAACACUUGCACUUCAAAUUAUUAAAGAAGCUCAAAAGCUUGGAGGAUAUUGUGCAUAUCUUGACGUAGAAAAUGCAUUGGAUCUUUCACUUGUGGAAUCCAUAGGUGUAAAUACCGAAAACCUUCUUGUCUCGCAUCCUGAUUGUGCUGAAAAUUUAUUGAGCAUGGUUGAUACAUUAACAAAAAGUGGAGCUGUAGAUGUGAUUGUGGUUGAUAGUGUUGCUGCCCUUGUCCCCAAAUGCGAACUUGAUCAAUUAGGAGUUGGCACCAAACAAGAUUUACAAUCUAGAAUGAUGACUCAAGCACUGCGGAAAAUUCAUUAUUCAUUAUCUCGCUCCCAAACUCUUAUCAUUUUUGUUAAUCAGGUUAGAUGUAGUCCAAAAUCAGUUAAGGGAUGUGGAUCAAUGGAAGAGGUCACUUGUGGUGGAAACACCUUGAGAUUCUAUGCAGCUGUUCGUUUGAGACUUUCAAGAAUGGGAUUGAUGAAAACUGAGGAUAAGGUAGAGGGUCUACUGGUGUGCGUGCAAGUCAUAAAAAAUAAACUAGCACCAGCAGCAAAGAAGAAGGCAGAAUUGGGUAUCAAGUUUGGAAGAGGCUUUUGCCAUGAAUCAGAGGUCUUAGAUUUGGCCUGUGAGCAUGGAAUCAUUGUGAAAGAUGAGGGGAGCUACUUUAUUGAAGGGGAGACUUUUAAUAGUAGAGAAGCAGCUGAAAUGUUUUUGUCCAAAAAUGAUGGGGUUUGUGACAAGUUGGUCAUGGACUUGAGAAGGCUUUAUUUUUAAUAAUCAGGUAGACCUUUAAAUAUAGGACUUCCCUUAAACUUGACCAGCAUCGAUUUACUAGGCCAAAUCUCUUUCCAUGGUAAGUUUGGCAGAUUUUAUGUGAUUGAGUUUUGCAAACACGUUCCCAAGGCAUCAUCAGUAUUGCCUUCAGGGGGCAUAAACUAUUCUGUAGAUUAACAAAAGGGCUGGUUUAAUGUGAGGCCUAUAGAUCUAGGUAUGGAGUACUGCAAAAUCACACUCUCAAAACAGAGAAAUUUGAUUGCUCUUGCUAACCAUUUGAAACCUUCUUGUAUAUUAGGAAACGGUUGUUGUAACAUUUGUUAAAGAA